AUGUCUGGAACCAACAACUCCGAUGCUCCUCCUUCAUACUUCGAUAAGGCCAAGGAUGCCAUGCAUUCUGUUGUUGGCAAUUUGACUGGCCACGAUGACAAAGAGACUUCUUCCAAGACUUACAUCCCCAAAGUCUCCUCAGCUUGCACUGCUGUCGUCGAGAAUAUUUGUGGAGAUUGUGAGGCUACAAUGAAGUCUACGAAGGAUACCGAGGGCUCUACUCAGAAGAUUAUCACUAAGACUAUGAGGAAUACCGAUGGUCUUAUCAAACCGGCCACUGAGGGGGCCAUUGAUAUGGGCGGUGCCUGUAAGUCUAAGGCUGUUGAAGCCGGUGACGCUAUCAAGAAGGUUUUUUCAGACGCCGAGAAAAAUGUUGAGGCCUGUGACAUUAUGAAGAAAUCUUCUUCAGAGGCUGGCAAAAACGUUGAAGCUUCUGACGCUAUCAAGGGCGUUAUUUCAAACGAUGAAAAAGUCGACUCUGAGCUCGUUGACGAUGCUACUAAGAAGGUCGAAAUGAAGAAGGAUGCCCACAUGCACAAAUCUUCGGCUGAUUCUAAAUUGAUGGAUGGCGCCUCUGAUACCAAAGCCGAGAAGAAGAUGGGUAUCGAGGAGAAACCUGCCGAGAAGGCAGACCACAAAGCUUCCCACAAGAAGAUGGACGACAAGAUGGAUCACAAGAUGGACGACAAGAUGGACGACAAGAUGGAUCACAAGAUGGAUCACAAGAUGGACCAUAAGAUGGACCACAAAAAGAUGGAUCCCAAGAUGAUGGAUGAUGAGAAGAUGGAGAAGACCCCUACUGCAGCUCACAAGAUGGAUGACGUUUCCGAGAACGCCGCUUGUGCCAAAGAGGGAUCGUCUUGCGGCAAACUUGUUCGCGACCUACCUUCUCAUAUGCAUAAGUAUGAUGUAGGAGAGGUGUGCUCCACGAACAGUUCCGCCGAUAUCGAUAUCGAUACUAAGGGCCGUUAG